CUCGGUUCCGAACCAGUUCCACAAACCCACCAUGGUCGUCACAUCGCUCAACUGGCUGUACGCCAAAAAGUUCGAAGGAGAACCCACCCCGGCCAACUUCCGGCUCGUCGAGGAGGAACUCCCACCCCUGCAGGAUGGCCAGUUCCUCGCGCAAGCGACCUUCCUCAGCGUGGACCCCUACAUGCGACCCUACAUGAGGUCCUACCCGGAGGGAACGCUGAUGAUCGGUGGACAGGUCGCCACGGUGCUGGAAAGCCGCAAUCCCGCGUUCCCGGUAGGAGCGUCCGUCUUUGGACAGUUUGGCUGGCGAACGCACACGGUUUGCGACCCGAGCAAGGACACCAGCGGCAAGCCGUACGUUCUGCCGGACUUUGGAUCACUGCCGGCGAGUUUGGCGCUCGGAGUGCUCGGGAUGCCUGGGAAUACGGCGUACUUUGGCCUGUUGGAGCUGUGCGCUCCGAAGGAGGGGGAGACGGUUGUGGUUAGUGGGGCGGCCGGAGCGGUUGGAAGUAUCGUGGGACAGAUCGCCAAGAUCAAGGGAUGUCGAGUGGUGGGGAUCGCCGGAUCGGACGACAAAUGCAAAUGGCUCAAGGAGUUGGGUUUCGACGAGGUCAUCAACUACAAGACGGCGAACGUGAAGGAAGAACUGCAGCGAGCGGCUCCGAAGGGCGUUGACUGCUACUUUGACAACGUGGGCGGGGUCAUCACGGAAGCGGUUAUGCGACUGAUGAACACUUUUGGACGGAUUGCGGUUUGUGGGACCAUCUCGAAUUACAACGGCGUGCCGAUACAGGUGCAGGAUCCGCAGACGGACUUUGUGUUCAAGCAGUUGAGGAUGGAAGGAUUCAUCGUAUCGAGGUGGGUCGACCGAUGGACGGAGGGCAUCAUGGCCAAUUUGGGCUGGAUUCGGGAGGGGAAGCUGCAGUGGCAGGAAACUGUCAGCGAGGGGUUCAAGAGCAUGCCGCAAGCGUUCAUGGACAUGCUGAAGGGAGGGAACACUGGCAAGGCGGUGGUCAAAGUGUAACGGGUUCUAAAUAAAAAGAUUAGUCGAAAAAAUG